GUAUUAAACGACUUUUAGACAGAAGCACAUGAGAUGCAUUAAUGAAAGCAAUGAAUAAAGAAAGAGAAGACCGUUGGAGAAAGAAGAAGAGGAAGCAACCAUGUGCGGCGGUUUCUACUUAGAUGCAGAUCCCUUCACAAUUAUUCUCGGGAGGAAAGCUUGCUGCGACAUUCCCCACCGGAGAUAAUGGAGCAUCUGAUGAAAGAAGGGAGGUCUCUGGCAGAGACGCCGACUUACUCUGUUGCUUCGGUUGUCACUGUUUUGGUCUUUGUUUGCUUUCUCGUAGAACGCGCCAUCUACAGAUUUGGAAAGUGGUUAAAGAAGACUAGGCGGAAGGCACUUUUUACUUCGCUGGAGAAGAUGAAAGAAGAGUUGAUGUUGCUGGGACUUAUAUCACUGCUCUUGUCACAAAGCGCGAGAUGGAUUUCAGAAAUCUGCGUAAACUCAUCCCUUUUCAACAGUAAAUUCUACAUCUGCUCCGAAGAGGACUACGGAAUCCAUAAGAAAGUUCUUCUGGAACACUCCUCUUCUACAAGCAACACUUCCUUACCACAUCACGGAGCCUCUCAUCAAUGUGGUCAUGGACGGGAACCAUUUGUGUCGUAUGAGGGCCUCGAGCAACUCCUGAGAUUCUUAUUCGUCCUGGGUAUCACUCACGUUCUGUACAGUGGCAUCGCCAUUGGUUUAGCCAUGAGCAAGAUAUACAGUUGGAGAAAAUGGGAAGCCCAAGCAAUCAUAAUGGCUGAAGCAGAUAUCCAUGCAAAGAAGGCGAAGGUGAUGAUGCGGCAGUCUACAUUUGUCUUCCAUCAUGCCUCUCAUCCUUGGAGUAACAAUCGUUUUCUCAUCUGGAUGCUUUGUUUCCUGCGGCAGUUUAGAGGCUCCAUACGCAAGUCUGACUACUUUGCGCUUCGGUUAGGUUUCCUCACUGUGAGCCUGAAUAUGUACUUUUGGUUAUCAUUCAUCCCUGCCAUUCUUGUCAUGUUGGUUGGAACGAAACUUGAGCAUGUUGUCUCAAAGCUAGCUCUCGAGGUUAAGGAGCAGCAGACAGGCACAACUGCUGGGGCUCAAGUGAAACCGCGUGAUGGACUCUUCUGGUUUGGGAAACCAGAAAUUCUAUUACGGUUGAUACAGUUUAUCAUUUUUCAGGUAAACAAAAACAACCUUUCCUUUCUCAAUUCCACAAGCCAUGAUUCUUGUUUAUUCACAGAUAUAAUCUUUAUAUACUUCCUGCUAAUGCAGAAUGCAUUUGAGAUGGCAACAUUCAUCUGGUUCUUGGUAAGAACGCCCUUAUCAAUACCUGCAUUAAUACCCAAGCACAGCUAUGUAAACUGAAAUGAUGUUUCAUUUUCAUGUAUCAGUGGGGAAUCAAGGAAAGAUCUUGUUUCAUGAAGAACCAUGUGAUGAUAUCGAGCCGUCUAAUAUCUGGGUGCGUUUCAAACACACAAUAAUUUCACAGCUAUAUAUAUAUCUGCUAUCUCUAAAGGCCUUUGUUCUUCUGGUGGAUGCAGGGUUCUUGUUCAGUUCUGGUGUAGUUAUGGCACUGUGCCUCUCAAUGUAAUCGUCACUCAGAUGGGAUCUCGGUGCAAGAAAGCUGUGAUAGCAGAGAAUGUAAGAGACUCGCUCCACAGCUGGUGCAAGAGAGUGAAAGAGAGGUCGAAGCACGCGAGAUCUGUGUGUUCACUGGACACAGCAACAAUAGACGAGAGAGAUGAGAUGACAGUGGGAACAUUGUCGAGGAGCUCAUCGAUGACUUCGCUGAAUCAGAUCACCAUAAACUCCACAGACCAGGCAGAGUCCAUAUUCGGAGCAGCAGCUUCAUCGAGUAGUCCUCAAGACGAGUACACUUCGCGAGUGGAAGAGUAUCUGUCUGAAACAUACAACAACAUCGGCUCGAUGCAGCCUUUGAGUGAUGAGAUUGAGAUUGAGAUUGAAAGUGAGGAAGAUAAUGGAAGGAGAGAGAGUGGGAGUGAAGAGAGUAAUGGUGAUGGUGGAGAAACACUUUUUGAGUUGUUUAGGAGGACUUGAGCUUCUUUGCUUGUAAACUACUUUGACAUCCAUAAAAGAUAAAACCAUAAAUUACUAUAACUGUGUAAUUAUGCAAAAGAAACACUUUUUCUUUUCGUGUGAAGCACGCGCUUGUGAGA